CCUGCUUCUCAGAACAGGGCUAUGCAAAAAAAGCAAACUUAGUUCUUACAAUAAACUCCAAUUCCUAUUCAGCCACAAUCCAUUUGACCUUUUUCCAGUACGCACACUGUAAAUAGCUCUCGUGUCCGCGACAAAAUGUUUUCAUCACCCAGGCCCCCGCCUUCUUAUGACGAGAACGAUGGUGAACGAGAUGAAAGGUCGAUCGUCGCCACCGAUGAUAUCAUGCUUCUGCGCCCGGACGAACACCGCGAAAUUCAGACAUCUCAGAGCUCGAAUUUGGCUAGGGAUGAAGCUGAGCCCGGAAAACAUGGCAAAAAGCUCCCUGGGCUUGCCUUCAUCAAGCGCAACAGCGACAACUUCUGGAAGGCUUGGAACGUGUACAGACAUAAGCCGUGGAACAUGUGCCUUCUGGUCCUUAUUGGCACUCUCUUCGCUGUUGGCCAUCACUUAUUUUACCUUAAUCUCGAUGGCGAAGAAGCUAUCAACCAGUCCUUGAUGCUACGCUAUGGAACCAUCAUCGCAUUCUGUGCUAAAGCCAGUCUCGGCACUGCUGUUACUAUUGCCUUUCACCAAAGAGCCUGGAGAGUAGUCCGUUAUAAAACAGCCCGCAUUGAGACAAUUAACUCUAUUUUCACUGCCAAUUCCGAUAUAUUCUCUCUCUUUACCUGGAGCUCUAUUCGGAAAACUAAAGUCGGUACCCUGCUUGCUAUUUACUGCUGGCUCACUCCUCUUGUUGUGAUAUUGACCUCUGAAACUCUCUCGGUUGUCUUUGGGGUAUUUGAAGAAGAGACUUCGUGCCCCUCUGUUCGGACUUUGAACUUUGGAAACGAGGAGAACAUAUAUUGGCGCAAUCCUAUGAAAAUAAAUGACCAGCUUUUGACCUCGAUGUCAUUAUGGAAUACGACUGUUCCCCUUGGUGGGAGCCCUUCAGACUCCAACCCAGAGGGUUUUGACUACUACCAUGGCCCUAGCCGGCAGUUCGACAUGUUCAUUACCACCAAAUCGACACUCAUGAGCGAAUCCGUAAUUCGCAAGGAAGCAACGGUUGAGAUUUGUGGAGUGGGAUGGAACUGUUCCUCUGUCGUUAGCUUUGUUGCUCCUGGCUACAAGUGUCAAGAGUUAGCAUCCGGAGUAAACUCUGAAGUCAAGAAGCUUGGGAAUGCUACAGCACCCUUCAACACCUCUGUGCUUGCGCCACUGGGAAACUAUACCUAUUAUGCCAUCAACGACCAAGGAGACUAUGGCGAUCCCCAAAUAGUCUCUAGGGCUGGGGGGAUACCAAUUCAAGAUCCCCCCUACCCAGACAAUCUCGGGGCCUUCAGGACCGAGCCUAUCAUGUGGAUCGGUUACGCAACCGUCGAUGAUCUUUCAGUCCGUCAACCGGACGAACCAGGCACAGAGGAAUACAUGAAGGCCUACACGCCAGUCAUUAUCGGGUGUGAGCAUUACGAAGUCAAUUAUACCGUCCAAUUCAACUACACAAGGGGUGACAAACUUGUUGACGUUAAGGGGCGGGAAUACCUCAGAAAGAUUAUUGAUACGACCUAUAUACCCAACGAAGACCCCGACAAGAGGCUAAAAGACAGAACGCGCGCUAUCCCUGACAAUAAUUACAUAUUCCCCAAUGACUUCAAAAAGUACCGCCGGAUAGCAGCCUACCAUUCCAUUGGCUCUAGGUUGAGGCAGUGCCUUAAUGGAACUAUCAAAAUGCCAUAUAACGAUGUAAGGUCGGAUCUUUUGUACACGCGUUUGCUCACGCGGUUAAAUUACCUCCCGGUCAAGGAGCUUCGCCACGGCAUACAAAGACUCUACGAGGACAUGAUCAUUUCGAUUUUUGAGGAGCCUUCUUUCACGGUUGUCUCCUGGGCCGCUGAUAAGAAACCAUCCGGCACUGCCAAAGGAGGUCCUUCAACGGCCUAUCCUUGCCGGCGUCACAGGUUAGCUACUUUCUUCCACUAUAACAUGACCCAGCUUCUUAUCGUGUAUGCGGUAAGUAUAUUCUUGGCGGUUAUUGGCGUGUCAGUAGGUCUACAGGCCUAUCUGGAGGAGGGUACUAUGCGUGAUAUGAAGCCGUCGUCUAUCAUGGAAGCUUCAAGGGCAUCUAAUCUCCACGUGCUGGGAGCGCGCGAAGGGUGUAAUGUCAAGAUUGGGUAUGGUCUUGUACAUGAAGAGGCUGGUAGAAGUGUUAGAAGUUUUGGGGUCGAAGGGAAUGUGCAGCAGUAAUGACAGAGGACGGUUAUAUUACACGAUGGGUCUAGUGUAGAAGAUCUAUCAUCGUGGCUUUGAUCAAACAACAGAAUAUCUUCUCUCAGUAGAGUGUAAUUACGUGCGAUAAUGUCCAUGUUGACAUCUAGUAAAAGUCACGGAUCGGUGAUCAGCACGGGUAGAC